AUGGAUGCUAACAUAGUAACAGAUUUCAAGUCGGAGGAGCAGCUCUUCUUCGAAUGGCUCUGGAAUCCUGAACCUCUGGAGCUUCAGAGUGCAAAAGAAAUUACCCAUAACCUCGAUUCUCUUGCUCAUCAGAACAGUCUCUUUGAUGCGCAUUACGAACCCUUUGUUGGUUCAUCAAUGGCAAUAGAUUUGAUUUCAUCCCAGCUCCCGCCGCUCCCAAAUUUGAAUUUGGAAUUUCAAUCUUUUGAUGUUUUCAACUGGUUGGAUCGCUAUCUUUCUCCCAAUUGCAUCACCAAUGUGCCAUUACCACCACCACCAACAACACAAGAACCAAAACCACCUCUACUUCAGCAGGUAGUCAGUGACUGCAAUGGAAACCAAUCCAUUGGGGACAGCUGGAGUGAGAAAUUGAGCAAAACCGACGGGGGAAGCAGGGGUUCUUCUAGUUUGAAUUUGGAAUUUCAAUCUUCUGAUGAUUUCAACUUGUUCGAUCACUAUUUUUGCCCCAAAAGCAUUAUCAAUGUGCCGCCGCCACCACCACCAACACCACAAGAAGCAAAACCACCUUUACUUCAGCAGGUAGUCAGUGACUGCAAUGGAAACCAAACCAUUGGAGAUAGCUGGAGUGAGAGAUUGAGCAAAACCGACGGGGAAAGCGUGGGUUCUUCUAGCUCGAGGACUGCUGAUGAAGAUGGGAAGAGGAAGUGUAGCAGAAGGGCCAAAACCAUUGAGAUAGAAUUGGAUGAAAUUAAGAAGCAUUUCAAUCUUCCCAUAACUAAGGCAGCAAAAGAGAUGAAGGUUGGUUUGACAGUGUUGAAGAAAAGAUGCAGGGAGCUUGAUAUCAAAAGAUGGCCCCAUAGGAAGAUCAAGAGCUUGGCAUCGCUCAUUGAAAACGUCAAGGAGUUGGGUUUGACGAGGGACUUAGAGAUAUUGGAAGAACACAAAAGACUAAUGGAGAAACUACCAGAAGUGGAAUUAACAGAGAAUACAAAGAAGCUAAGGCAGGCUUGCUUCAAAGCCAUGUACAAGAAGCGAAGGUCCUCCUCCUUGGCUGCUGACUCCUGUUCUUGCUUGACAUAUCACAUUAAUUGACAUAGAAAUCUCUCUCUCUCUCUCUC